GACAGUGGAGAGAAAUGUUGUGCGAGAAACCAUCCGCUGAAAAUAUAUAUUCAAGCGUCAUGACUAAGUCAGGGAGUCACUGAGUUUAUUUUAUUUUGUUUUCAAAUUUCAAAUAAAAAUAGCAUAAAAUGCAAAGUGUUAAUGGUAGCUAGUAGAUGCUUCCUAGUUCGAAGCAGUAGUAGUAGUAGGAAGUUGGCUGAGUUGGAGUUUGAGGCUGGGGAAAAUACAACACAACAACAAAGCGAGUUUUUCAAGAGAAUUCAACCGAAUACUUUUCGUUAUUGACACUGCGAGGCUGUGAUCCCCUGUCUGUGUGCAUGUAUCCAAGUUUCAUCCUAUGAUUAGGUUUAAUUUCGUCAUUUGUUAUCACAAUCAACAUAGUUUUGGCCAUGGCAACAGCUAAAGAAAAAUCUGUGGAACCUGAGAAUGGCAAUAAUAGUUUGGCCAAUCUUCUCUCUGGGUUGCACACAUCUGAUAAUGUUAACAGUCUACAUACAAAUGGGAUAGACUUUUCUAGUGUAAAUACCAAGGAUGCCCUUGUUAAACCAAAUGAGAGCCAGUAUGAACUCUUAGUGAAAAAACUGCAAUAUUUAAUUGAAAUGGGUAAUGGUGAAACCAUUCUUGAAGUUGGAGCUGGUGAAGGUGAGGAAAGUGGGUUGAUUGAAGAAGAUUACAAAGCUUCUGUGGCAACACUCGAGUCUAUUGCGACGACACUAGAAGCCGAUUGUGUUGUGCUUCGUGAGAGGACUUCUGAAUGCGGAAUUGUUGGUCAGUAUUUAAUCCGCCAUCGAGCAGAUCAAGAAGAUUUCGUAGAAAUUCGAGUCGCUGUAGUUGGUAAUGUCGACGCGGGUAAGUCGACUUUACUUGGUGUUUUGACCCACGGUGAUUUGGACAAUGGCAGAGGUCUCGCUCGCCAAAAGCUCUUCCGCCACAAACACGAAAUCGAAACGGGAAGAACGUCAUCGGUGGGUAAUGAUAUCCUCGGUUUUGAUAGUAGUGGAAACGUAGUCAAUGAGCCUGAUCACGGAACACUGGAUUGGGUUAAGAUCUGCUCCAAAGCAACAAAGGUAGUGACAUUCAUUGAUUUGGCCGGCCAUGAGAAAUACUUAAAAACAACGGUCUUUGGAAUGACAGGACAUGUACCAGACUUUACAAUGUUGAUGGUUGGAGCGAAUGCAGGCAUCGUAGGAAUGACGAAAGAACAUUUAGGAUUGGCAUUAGCCUUGAAUGUUCCAGUAUUUGUUGUCGUAACCAAAGUUGACAUGUGUCCAGCAAACGUUUUACAAGAUACACUAAGACUAUUGCUGAAAGUUUUGAAAUCGCCAGGUUGUCGUAAAACCCCACUGUUGGUCCGGACAAAAGAUGAUGUCGUCUUAAGCGCUACAAAUUUCGUAUCCGAGCGAUUGUGUCCAAUUUUUCAAGUAUCCAACGUAUCGGGUCUAAAUCUUGAUCUACUCAAAACCUUUAUGAAUUUGUUAUCAGCGAGAAUGACCCCUGGCGCAGACGAACCCGCCGAGUUCUCAAUCGAUGAUUCUUAUAGUGUGCCAGGUGUUGGAACAGUAGUAUCCGGGACAACAUUAAGAGGCACAAUUCGUCUCAAUGACACACUACUCCUUGGACCUGACCCAGUCGGGCAAUUUAUUCCUAUUGCUAUUAAAAGCAUACAUCGUAAGCGGAUGCCAGUUAAAGAAGUUCGUGGCGGUCAAACAGCCUCAUUCGCACUUAAAAAGAUUAAAAGAUCACAGAUCAGGAAGGGGAUGGUUUUGGUGUCUCCAUUACUCAACCCUACAGCAUCGUGGGAAUUUGAAGGUGAAAUCCUAGUCCUUCAUCACCCUACAACAAUCAGCACAAGAUACCAAGCAAUGGUUCACUGUGGCUCUUUACGACAAACGGCCCAAAUCCAGUCCAUGUCCCAAGAGUGUUUACGUACUGGCGAUAAGGCUUUAGUUCAUUUUCGCUUCAUUAAGCAUCCAGAAUAUAUUAAACCGGGGUUAAGAUUGGUUUUCCGAGAAGGAAGAACUAAGGCAGUUGGAAACGUUGUUCGAGCAAUCGCUCAUACAGUUCAGUCGCAAACAACAAAUCGCUCUAAACCAACCAAAAUGCAACGAUACUCUCAACAGCAGCAGCAGCAGCCACAGCAGAGUAGUGAAUUGCAAGACAACGGAGAAAAACUUGAAAAUCAGCCUCAGAAACCGUCAAAGAGAAAUCGAGGGCGUCGUAACUAUAGUACACCAGUAGUACCAACGACGACGGUCAAAGAGAAUUGAUCUUAAAAUCCUCGUUAUAGCUGUGGCAUGUCAAGGGUUGCUGACUGGUUAACAAUCACCUCUCGGAUCUCUCUCUUUAAAUUUACACGUUUUAAUCAAGAAACUUGAUGCAGCAGCACUACUUUAUUGACAAUACAAGUAAAAGAAAUACAUAAUUCUUGGAAGA